AUGCCGUUCCACGGCGAGUUCAUCCGUCUCUCCUGGAAUAACUCGCGUCUGUUGGCCCUGGUGUUGAACGCAAUCGUGGGCCUGCUCGGCUACCUGGACGAUGUGCAAAUCUCCGACCCGAACUCGUUGUUCGCCCUGCGCGUGAUGCACUCGACGCUGUCCAAGUUGGACACCAAUUUCAAUGGGAACGGGCUGCAUCCGGAGAUCUUCAAGGAGGUCCGGAACUUGACCCAAUGGACCGAGUCUUUGAUUGCGAGCGGGCAACGAGUGCUGCGCGAGAGGGAUGGGAAUGCCAGUGAGCAGGUAGGAGAGAUAAAAAAAGAGGAAAAGAGAGUCAAAUUUAGAGCUCCCAUACAACGAAUAAGGGCCAAAAAUUAGCUCGUUAUAGAGGGGUUUUGCUGAAACCAAUUUUUUUAAAAUUUCCCCAAAUGCGACAGAUUUUCUUCAAAUUUUGCACGCACAUCGGCCAUAGGCCACAUAUUAAAUCCUGAAAAUUUUAGCCCAAUUUUUUUAAGGAGAGCCGAGAAAUUCAACGAUCUUUGCCGCCGAGAGAGUCCGCCAAAUGCGGAGAGCGGUCAGAGAAAACCCACUUUUUGGCUGUAUCUUUGCCAAUUUUGUACGGAAAAAAUUGAUUUUGUUGUGGAAACAUUAUACUCUACAGUAGAUAGAGGCACGACACUUUUCAUGAUAAAAUUGGCAAAAAAAUUUUUUUCAAAAUUUUUCCAAAUUUUGGCAUGAAAAUCUCGGUCGUUUCUGCAAAGCGCGAGCUAGGAGUCUCGCAUAUUCUAUUUCGAAAAAGCUGUCCUAAGUUUUGGCCACGUUUUUUCAAAAUCUGAAUGUCGCAGUUGGACUACUAACUACGUAAAAUUAAAUUGUAGGACCUCUGAAAUUGUUGGUUAUAGAGAAAUUUUAAUGUAUGAGAGUUUGCUGUGCAGAUGUUCCACUGAAUUUAAAGCAAUUUUUGAAACGAUUUUCAAUUUUUGAUGACUUUUCUGCUUUUCCAGAUUUCAUUUUUACUGGACCAUUUCCGCCUCGACUUGGCGAAUUAUCGAAAAUUGGAUGAGAGAUGGCGAUGGCAUGAAAAGGAUCGAAGCGAAGAGAAGCAGAGGAAGGAAUGGCUUCAUAAGGACGAUAGCAGGUACAGGGACCUGACCCAGUGGCAAAAAUGUACCAUUUUGCAUCCAGGAAGUAUCAAACAUGUGGCAAAAUACCUCCCUCUCCAAGUGAAUAAACUCCGACGAAAAAAGGCACGUCCUUAAAAGCGAGCUUUUUUCAGUUGGAGAGGGAAGGAUUUCGCCACAUUUUUGAUACUUCCCGGAUGCAAAAUGGUACCUUUUUGCCACUGGAUUAGGUCCCCCACAGUAAGACGAAUUUUUCAAAAUUUACAGUAACACAAAGCUCAUAUUGCCUUUGAAUUUUGCACACAUAUUGUAGCUAGACUACAUAUUAACUCCUGAAAAUUUUAUUUUUUGCUCUGCAAAGGCAGCCGAGAUAUUUUUAAUUAAAAUUUUACAAAAAAUUCAAAAAAAUUUUUUUUCUUUGUAAAAUACGGCGCCGAUUUGCAUGUUUUUGUAUUCAAAUUAACCCAAAAUUUCAGCUACUUUAACUGCCUUCUGCAAUCGUCCAACUGCACCAUCUCCGACGAAUGCCAAGACCUGCUGCUCAAACAAAAAGGACAGACCCCUUCGAACAUUGUGAAACAGCUCAUAAAUUUGGCCACAUUCGAGGCCAAAGGAUGUCAAAAGAAGCUCCACGAAUACUUGUCGACCUUUUCACAGGAAUCAAAAGCAUCUCCGAGCACUAUCACAGAUCUGACCGCAGAGUUAUGCACCAAUUUAUACGAUGAAACGUCGAAAAUUGUAAAGGACCGCAAAAGGUUGGUCAGACUGGAUGGAACGGCCGUUGAGGCGUUGACUGAGCAAAGUAGGCAGCAUUUUUUAGUAUUCAUAAUAAUUUUUAAUUAUUUUUGAUUUGUAAAAUACGUUUUGCAAGAUAUUAGACGGAUUUCUCGGUUUCCAAUAAAUUUUGUGACACUGCGUCAAAAUUUUUGGAACUUGAAAAAUAGAGUGACCAACAGUUUUAGUCAUCCGAAAAUCAUGUAAAAUAAUUGUAUUAAGCGUUUUGGACUCGCAUUUGACAUUUUUAUUCUCCAAUAAAUUUUGUGGCAUUUCGUCAAAAAAAUAAAAGGAUCUAGAAAAAUAUCAGAUUAUACGAUGAAAGGUCGAAAGGAUCUAGAAAAAUCAGAUUUUUUGAUAUUUCACUUAUAGCCUUGUAAAAUACGGCGUAGUUUUUUCAUGCAUUAUUCAUAAAUCCAAUUUCCCAUAACUUUUGUGACAUUUCGCCAAAAACUUUUUUUAGUCCCAAAAAGUUUAAAAAAUGUGUUUUAAACGUCUCAGAGAGUUUUAAAAUACGUCACUGGAAACAUGUAUUUCAUAAUCCAAUUUCCAAUAAUUUUUGUGACAUUUCGUCAAAAAAUUUUUUAACCCCAAAAAGUUAAAAAAACGUGUUUAAAAUGUCUUAGAGAUUUUUAAAAUACGUCACUGGAAAUAUGUUUUGCUCAUAAUCCAAUUUCCAAUAAUUUUUGUGACAUUUCGUCAAAACCUUUCAAAACAAAAACUGCUCAAAAAAACAUGUGCCAAUUUUCCAGUGUUUGUCUGCUCACUCUUCGGAUUCGUCGAAUUUGUCGACAUCAACACGAUCGAGCUGAUCUUGACUUGGCAGCAUCCGCGGAAAGGCUGCUACACGUUGGUGAAGCCUGAAGCAAUCCCUCAACAUGGCAUUGUGGAGCCGUUGAAUCCGUACGAAGACGGUGGACAUGCGCGUUCAAAAAAAGAGGGUGAAUAAAAACUUUUUUGACUCUAAUCUACACAGUUUUUACUAUUUUCUACUAAUAUUUCUUCCAUUUAGACGCCUGUCGAAAUCAUCAAAGUGUGACCGCACUGAACGCUCUCGCCAUGGUCUUGCGCGUCAUUUUCGACCCCCCGCCAUGGUCGGAGCAUCGUCUCAACAUUGAUGCAAUGCUCCAAAAGCACUUGCAUCAGAUCCCCGCCGAGGACCGGUUCGCAAUUUUCAAGUAUGUUGGGUGGGUGCGCGAUGCCAACCUGCCCGACCAGUACCGAUUGCCGCGCCCGCCGCCGACCGCGUGGAGUCCGGAUUUGGUGGCGUUCGUGUGCUUGGGCUUCAUUUUACUGGCCAUCUCCGUGUGCGCUCAUCACUUUUUCAGCACACGCAACCAUCCCGCCGGCAUUGGACCGCGCCCAAACAAUAUUAAACAGUAUUACGCGUAUGCUUAUAAAAAAUUGUAAAUUUGCCGAAGGAUAUUUCUAGAAAUUGUGUAUUUUUUCUUAUUACUUGAUGAUUGUUAUGUAAUAUUCGGUUGAUGAUAUCAGUCUGUCGGGAAAAUAAUGAGCACCCUGUCGCAGCCGAAGCUCUCAAGUGUAUGGGGGCUAGGCCGGUAGCCCGAAAUUGAUGACAAUUUUUUGAUAGCGUCCCUUGACUUGUGUUUCAGCCUGUCGGGAAAAUAAUGAGCACUCUGUCGCAGCCGAAAUCGCAUCGCCGCCGAGAAAAUGAAUUGUCUCGCGACAAAAUCGAAUUGCUUUUCAUUUCAGCGACAAUGUGCUCAUUAUUUUCCCUACAGACUGAUAAUUGCAUUUUUGUAUUAUUUUUGAGAUCUCAGGAAGUGUUCGUAUGUGUAAUAAAGUGUAAUAAAGUUGUUUUUGAGGAAGUGGAAAAUUACUAAUUACAAACCAAUUUCGAAUUUUUGAAGGCAUUUAGCCCAAAAAUUUUACAGUUUUUUUAGCCAAGAGAUUUUUAGUCAAAAAAUUACACAAAACAUGACUUUUUUUCCAAUUUUCAAAAUGAAAAAUAGGCAGACUAGUGCACAGUGCAAUCGGCUUUUUGUGGUUUGCACUGUGCGAAACGCGAAAAAUGCACUGUGCAUUGGCGACAAGCGUGGGAAAAAGUUCAAAAUGCACUGUGCGUUGGCGACAAUAAGUUUUUUAGUGCACAGAGACCCCAUUUUGCACCGUGCAUUUCGUUUUUUUUUGUUUGUUUUCCGCACUGUGCAUUUGAAAUAUCGCUGCGACAUAAACAUGUGUCGCUGCGGUUUUGCUGAGAAGGUUGCACAGUGCAAUCGGCUUUUUGUGUUUUGCACUGUGCGAAAAGCGAAAAAAUGCACUGUGCGUUAGCGACAAGCGUGGGAAAAAGUCCAAAAUGCACUGUGCGUCGGCGACAAGCGUGGAAAAAAGUUCAAACUGCACUGUGCGAAAAGCAAAAAAAAAAUGCACUGUGCGUUAGCGACAAGCGUGGGAAAAAGUUCAAAAUGCACUGUGCGAAAGCCAAAAAAAUGUCUAUGCACUUUAUGAAAAUCUAAGCCCAAAAAUAAGCGUUAUUUCGCUCAAAAUUUCGUCCAAAUUUGAUUAAAGAGCUUGACAACGUAUCAAAGGGCGCCUAAAUUGAUUAGCAAUAGCCGGCUUUCUUAACGUGACAUUUCCGAAAACGAGCGCAGAAGAGGGACGUGAAGAGUUAAGAGAGACGCCCCGAGGCAUUUGAAGAAAAGAGAGGGGGCGCAGAGAAACGAAGACUUCCGUCUUCUUUCCCAAUAAACGCGACGAACAGAACGCCACAAAGUUGGAGGGCGCCAGACGGAAAAGGUUUCGCCGCUCCCGUUGAUCUCUCAAACACAGAGUGCGCACAAACAAAGGAGAGGUCAGAGAAAAAACGCCUCUCUUCUCUCUCCUUCCGGAGAUGCGGAGAGAACGCGCAAAAGCCGAGAGUGCAGAGAGAAAAAGGCUCUCUCUUUCUUCUCUCUUCUUCCGGCCGAGAGAGCGCGAAAGAUGCGGAGACGCGAGUGAAAGUCGCGCCGAAGCCGCGAUGAGCCGUAGAGAGAGCACUUGGGAGGGCUUGGGAAAGAGCCUCGGACGAGGAAAAAAUAGCUUCCAAAGGAAGAGCUUUGUACCCCACGACUACUUUUUCCCUCAUUCCCUCCUCCAAAUGAGAUUUCUAUACUCGCAAUUAGACCCUCCAGACAUUGCAUUUGAAACAAUUCAACGAAUCGAGUGUUUUUCGCCAAAAUUCCCGCUGUUUACGCCGAAUCAACGCGCUGUAACACCAAUCCGCUGCAAAAAUAAAAGGGGGAGAAGGUUAUGGGACCUGUUUACAACUGUUUUUUACCAUGUGUUUUAUCGCAACUCCGUGAUUUUCCUAAUUUUCGGCGUGUUUUUGCGGGUCUUUGGGAUAUUUUUGUAAUUUCUGUCGCAAAUGUUAAGCAAAUUUGUUGCUGCAAAUGUUGGGAGAUGCUUAUCAGACGACUAUUACUGUUUUUAUUAUUUAUAGCGUAGCAGAUUGCGGGGAAAUUGAUCUAAACAGACUGUUUAGUCAUCCCGAUUUUUUUCGCGAUUUUUUGAAAAUUUUCAAUUUUUUCAAAAAUUUCCCCUUAAAUUUCCCCAUUUCCAGCCCAUAUCUCACCCUCCCAGAGAACGGCGGAAUGAGUGUGAAAAGCGGGCGCGGCUUGGCCACCUCCCGGCCCGACCUCGGGACCCUGGUCGAGGAGGAGAACCAGGACAGCGAAGAGCCUCCCCAUCGCCACACCGUGGAGGCCGAAGUGGAGCCCGAGCCCUGUCCCAGCGCCAGCUCCAGCCCGCUCGCGCAGCCGCCGAGCCGCUUCAGGCACGCGCAAAGCGAGGAGGGCCGCAGUUCGUACGAGACCGCCAGCUCCAAGUUCAGCAUGGAGAAUGCGGACAAGAUUACGGUAAGAAAUCGGGGGAAAAGGUUCAAAACAAAGAAAAAUUUUUUUGAUAAAAAGCGUUUGGAAAUUAAAAUCAGACUAUAAAAGAGCAUGAUUGACCAUUUUCGACAUGUUCUCCUAAAAUUUUUUUUUGAAAAUGAGGUCUCAAGUGUAAUAUAAAAAAAUUUCGAUUUUCUUCAAAUUUUUACUAGGCCCUUGGUAUAGUCCACAAACCAAUUCCUGAAAAUUUUAGGCCAUAAUUUGCACCCGUAGCGGAGAUAUUACGCAAUCUCUUUCCCGAGAGAGCAUGCGAAAUGAGGAGAGACGGUGAGAGAAAAGACGUUUUUCGUCUAUAUCUUGGCGAAUUUCGCUUGUAAAAAGCAGAUUUUUUGUAGAAACACUACAGCCGUCAGCUGGAAUAUACCAUAAUUGUUUGAGGUCUGAAAUCAAAAAAAAUUUUCGACUUUUUGAAUUCUUGGACAAAAAAUACCGGACUCUCCUAAAAGGAACACUUUUUGGACCCGAUACGUCACGGAGACCUUUGUGCUCAUACUUUUAUGUUAUUUUCGGAAUUUUUUUGUCAACGUUUGGAAGAUUUGUUUGCUCAGCCGAUUUGGUCCCAAUUUUCCGGCGAAGGACCCAUUAUAUCCGUUUUCGAAAUAGAUCCGGGUCGCACAGUGACUGCGUCCAUUGUCAAUUCAAUUUUCUUCAACAUUUCUGAAUCAUUUUUGUAAUCAAAAUAAGUUUCCAGUCAUUGUUUUCGAAACAUUUUCCCGGCACGAAAACAAUGAUUGCCGAGGGUUGGCGGCGGAAUGCCAGGGAAAUGAUAGAUUCUAAAAAAUACGUCAGUAUGAGUCAUUUCAGUGCGAUUUUUCUGACGCUAUCAACAACAAAAAUUAGUGUUCUAUGGUUUGUUUUGAAAUUUGUUUGUUUCGCGAUGAAUAACAUCGCAAAUUAUAUUAUUCAUGACAUCUGAUGUUCGACUUGCAAAAUUUUCGAAAAUUUUCAACUUUUUUCGCUUUCAGAACCGCGUACAAGUCUCGCCGACGGCUCCAGCUGUCUCACAGCAGCGCUCGCCGCCACGAACUCAUCGCAAAUCCGCCUCGGUCUCCAUCGACGCCACCUCCAACUUCGAGCUGAUCAUGGCGCACGCGUCGAGCCGACCGCCGACCAACGACCUCUCCUCCACCAGCAGUCAGCGUCGCUUCUCGCUGAUGAGCUUCCUGAACAAUGUGACCGCGCCGAUGAGGCGAACGAAAACAGCAACCGAACCGGGAAAACGGCGGGAUGUCAAGGGGAAGACGUCGAAAUUAAAGCAACCCAGAGAGAAGGGCGGAAGAACGUAUGUUUUUCUCCGGCUUCAGUGUUCCUUUUUUAGGCGUUUGCGAAGAGGACAUUCGGUGUCUCCGGGGUUUGUCCUCGAAAUUCGGCCAAUUUCAUAUUACUAUAGGUGGAGUUGGGGUUGCGGGCCAAAACUCGUUGUAAUUCCCGAGUUUAAAGGGAAUUCUGAUCGUUUGAGGGAGUUUAAAGAAUUUACAGCCCAUUUCACAUUACAACGACUUGUUUCCACUCGAAAUUUCUACCUUUCUCGUCUAAAGUAAUAUAAUUGAUAAUCGAUUUUCUCUUUUUCCGAUUUCCGUCUCCAAUCAGCUGUAAUGCUUAAUUUUCAAUGUUUAAUUGACAAUUAAAAUAAGACUUGGGAUUUUGUCAAGGCUGGAUUUUAAUUUCUCAGAUUUUAUAUUAUUUUAGGCAAUUCUUUGUUGAGUUCAGUUAAUUUUGGUUAUUUUUUGGUAAAUGAAAGGCUUUCCAAAGUAUCUAAAAGAUUUUUUGAUAGUUUUAGAUGGUAUUUUGAUAUUUCUUUCCAAUAAUUUUGGCAUUUGGCAAUAAUUUUUUGCGCCUUACUACCUAAAGUAAUAUAAAUUAUCUAAAAAUCCCCGAUUUCCAGGCUACCCGCUCAAUCCGGCGCCGACCCACAAGCCGCGGGCUCCAGUUUGGCUGUCGCGGAGCCGCAUCAGAUCCAGCUUCCGUCCGUCCCGUGCACUUCGUUUGAUGUUUGUCAGGUCACGGACAACCUGUCGGAUGUGUAUCGGCCAGCCAAUGUCUCCAUGAACCCAUCCAAUGAUCGCACCCUGUAUUGGUCGACCAUCGAUGAGUCGCGCCCGGCGGACCAGGAGGGCGAGGGCAGGCGCGAGUGCCAAGUUUGUUAUAUCCAUCAAGAGGAGGAAGAGUUCCCGAUUCUGCGGAAUUGCGAUCACCGACCCUGCAAACGAUGUCUAAUCAGAGUAAGCGGCUAAUUUGCCAUCUAAUUGGCUCAAUUCACGACAAAUUCCCACUAAUUCCGGUCGAUUUUGGGUUCUCGAGCUGCGCCCUAGCCUUGGGUGACAUUUUAUACGAACGAUUGCGAAAAAUUGCAAUUUUGUGAAAAUGUCAUUUUCAGUAUCUGCAAAUCGAGAUUAUGGAGAGCAGAAUCUCGUUGGCUUGUCCAGAAUGCAUCACCGAACUCCAUCCCAAUGACAUCCAGGCAGUUUUGAAGAUUGAUCCUCAAUUGAUACUUCGAUAUGAACGAUUUAUGAUUCGCAAGGUAUUAAUCACAGAAGGAGAUGUGAGAUGGUGCCCUGCGCCGGAUUGCGAGUAAGUAUUUUGACGAUUUUUUUUUGGUUUUUAGGAAAAGUGAUAUUACACUUGACAAGUUGAUGAGAAUUUGGUCUUAUAAGACGAUUCAACGAGAAGUAAAAUGAUGUAAUGGAGAAAUAGUGGUUCUAGUGAUAUUUUGCCAUUCGAUUUUAAAAGAAAUUUGGAAAAAAUUUAAUAAUUUUUGCGGAAGUUAGAUCAAAUGCCAUGGAUAAGAUAAAUUUCCGAUUUUACCCGUAAUUUUCAGUUAUGCCGUGAUUGCCAGUGGCUGUGCGGCUUGUCCACAGCUCGAAUGUCAGCGUCCCGGAUGCGGAACACUCUUCUGUUACCACUGCAAAGGAGAAUGGCAUGCCAAUCAGACCUGCGACGAGGCUCGCGGACAGUCCGUAGAACGGAUGUUCACUGCCGCAACAGCUUCUAACUCACCUACUGAGGGCACUAACGACCUGUUUAAACGUAAGUUUCUUUUAUUUUUGAGAUUUUAUGCAAAAAAAAGACGAUUUUUUUGUCAUGGAUAAUAUAAUUUUUUAAAAUUUUUUAGCCGGUGAUCUGAAAGCAUGCCCUCGAUGCGGCACAUUGAUCGUGAAAAUGAAUGACGGAAGCUGCAAUCACAUGGUGUGCCCAAUGUGCCAAGCCGACUUUUGUUGGCUGUGCCUGAAGGAGAUCAGCGAUCUGCAUUAUUUGAGGUGAGAUGAAGUCUUUUUAUUAGUUUUUUUUUAAAAUUUUAGGUUCGUUAUUACAAUUCAAGCAAUUUUGGAGGAUUUGGAGAAAGUUGCGAGCAAAAAUUUAAAAAAAUUUGAAAUUUUUGUCAUGGAUAAUAUAAUUUUUGUCAAUUUUUUGCUAAAUUUUGAUGAUUUGUCUUUGAUUUUGGUGAAUUAAGUUGAUAAGAUUGAUGUUUGUUCGAUUUCUUGCCUGUUUUUUUAAACCAGAUUUUUUUAUUGUAAAAAAAGUAAAAUUUCUGGUCUGCCUCAAAGAAAACAGACAAGAAAUCGAACAAACAUCUUUUAUCAACUUAAUUCCCCAAAAUCUAAGACAAAACAUGGAAAUUUAGCAAAAAAUUGACAAAAAUUAUAUUAUCCAUGAAAAAAACUUCAGUUUUUGUUAAAUUUUUGCCCGCAACUUUCUCCAAAUCCUCCGAAAUUGCUUGGAUUGCAAUAAAAACCUCAUAUAUGACCAUAACAUACCUAAAAUUUCAAAAAAAGUAGUAAAAAUUGUUCUUCCUUUUACCCGAAUGUUUAAUUUUUUGCUAAUUUACCCGAUUGACCGUGAUUUUUUUCAGCCCGACUGGCUGCACUUUCUGGGGAAAGAAGCCGUGGACCCGGAAGAAGAAGUUGUUGUGGCAAGUGGGCACUCUGAUCGGCGCCCCAGUCGGAAUCGCACUAAUCGCCGGCCUAGCCAUCCCCGGAAUAAUAUGCGGAGUGCCGGUGUUUGUGGGUCGAAAAGCAUAUCAGAGAUUCAAGCAAAAGUCCAAGGGAAAGAGGAGACUGGUGACGGCAGCCAGUGUGGCGGGUAAGGAGGGGUUUUUUUAGGCGUUUUAAGAGGGUUUUUGCAAAAUUUGAUACCUAAAAUAAGGUAAUUUUUGAAAAUUUAUAUUUUUUUUGGUGAUUUUGGCGGAAGAUGGAGUUGUAAGUGGCGCUCUAGGGCUUUUAAAGUAUCUUGAGAGUGAUUUUGAUUUGAAAUUUUGCAGAGAAAAUAUGUUUGUUAGACCUAGGAAGGGAUAAGGUACCUAAAACAAGUAAUUUUUUAAAAUUUAUCAAAUUUUUUGAUGAUUUUAGUGGCAAAUUGAAUUGUAGAUUGCGCUCUAGGGUUUUAAAAAUAUUUUGCGAGUGAUUUUGAUUUGAAAUUUUUAGAAAAAAUAUAUUUUUUAGACCUAGGAAUGGUUAAGGUACCCAAAAUAAGGUAAUUUUUGAAAAUUUGUAAAUUUUUUUGAUGAUUUUAGUCGGAAAUUGAGUUGUAAAUCGUGCUAUAGGGCUUGUAAAAUAUUUUACGAGUGAUUUUGAUUUGAAAUUUGCAGAAAAAAUAUGUUUUUUACACCUAGAAAGCAUCAAGGUCAAGUGUAAUAUAAAACUUUUAGGAUCACUGAUUGUAAGCCCGGUCCUCGCCGUGAUGGCGGUCGGAGUUGGAGUCCCCAUCAUGCUGGCCUACGUCUACGGCGUGGUGCCCCUCUCGCUGUGCCGGAACGGCGGCUGUGCCGCCGCUCAAACCUCGGACGAGGAGGAGAAGUCGCCCCGCCUCUUGGAGCUCGCCGAAGACGCCGAACUCGGACGCAACUUCCUCUCCAGUUUAAGAGUAGGGACCUCGGCCUCCGAACGAAGCCGAUUGCUCUCCAAAAAGAGCCGCGAAGGCGACCAUAUCGACGCAACUUCGGUCGCAACCAUCAACUCCGGCUUCUCGAGUUUGGCCGGCCCUUCCACGAACAGCGCCAACCCCUCCACCCCGCAUCCCAUCAAAUAUGGAAGCACACAGCCCGCAGACACCACCUCGCAACAAUCCACGAGCUUGUCCGCCGGCCCCAGCCUUGCUGUUCAAGAUCAAAGGAAACGGAAGAUCUCGGUGGAAUCGUGGAUCAACAGCAUGGGAGAGAAGUGCAAUUUUGAAUGCGCUUCCACCAAAGCCAACGCUGGAAGCCAUUAUCAUUUUGAUAAUAAGGUAAGAGCAAAAAAAUGUGGGUUUUUUUGGGUUUGAGGGGGUUUUUUAUAUUGUAGUAGGUAUCAGAUGAAACUUUUGAAAAUUUUUGUGGGUUAGAUUGGGAAUAGUGGUUUGAAUAAGUGGGAAAUGAAAGAAUAGGGCAGUAAGAGGAGUGUGAAGUUAGAACAAUUGAGAUUUUUUGAUUUUUGAGAGCAGUUUUAUAUUGUAGUAGGUAUAGUAGAAAUUUUGAAACUUUUUUUUGUUUGAGAGGAAGGAGUGUGGACUAAAUCAAGUUAGAAUGAGAUAAUAUUGUGUGGAAAAAUAUUUGCGAUGUCAUUUUUUGAAAUUUUUGACAUUUUUUAUAUUAUCCAUGACAAAAAAUUUUUAAAAAAGUUAUGCUUUUUGCCCAAAAAACUGACUCUAAUGUUAGUACAGUGUGUGAAAUGAUAAUUUUUUGAAAUUUUUGGCAUUUUUUAUAUUAUACUUGGCAAAAAUUUUCGAAAAAUUUUUGUUUUUUGCCCAAAAAAUUGACUCUAAUGCUAGUACAGUACGUGAAAUGAUGACAUUUUUUGAAAUUUUUUGACAUUUUUUAUAUUACACUUGGCAAAAAUUUUCAAAAAAAUUGUGUUUUUUGCCCAAAAAACCGGCUCUAAUGGAAGUAUAGUGUGCUUUUCAGAGCGUGAACACGGUGUGCUCGGGCGCCGGGCCCGAAAUCCAGUCGUACAACGAGGAGUCGGCCUCGGUGCUGGCGAUGAGCGGCUCCAUCGGCGGGAAGAGCGCGGAAGACGCGGGCAGCAUCAAGCAACGCCCCUCCAACAACAAGGCCCUCAAGAAGUGCGAACGCGACCUCAGCCCCUGA